UUUGUCCCCGGCUUCAAAGCGGAAGUAAUGUGCUGCAUGUUUCUGCUGUUUGUAAUUCCGCUGCUGUUGCUGUUGUCAUACUGCGUCCUGUCCUGUGUCUGUUGGUGUUAUAACAGUAUCUUUUUGUGUGUGUGCACGAGAACGGAUCGGUUAAGGUUUUGUGUGUAUCGUAAGGAAUGGAUGUAAAUAAGGUACAGGAGGAUACUGUGUCCAUGGAUGAGCUGGAGGAUGAGGAGCUGUGUGAAGCUCUCGCCGUUUUGGCUGGCAGUGAUCCGGAUAAGUGUUCAUAUUCUCGGGGAUAUGUGAAAAGACAGGCUGUGUUUGCUUGCAGCACUUGCACAGGUGAGGGCAUGGAGCCGGCUGGAGUCUGCCUGGCCUGUGCUAACACCUGCCACGAUGAUCACCACAUCUAUGAACUGUACACGAAAAGGAGCUUUCGCUGCGAUUGUGGGAAUAGCAAGUUCGGCUCAUUUAAAUGCAAACUGAUCCCUGACAAAGAGGGAAAGAACAACAAGAACAUUUAUAAUCACAAUUUCUUUGGCCGUUACUGCUCCUGUGACAGACCUUACCCUGAUGAGGAUGAUAAGGUUGGUGAAGCAAUGAUUCAGUGUAUUCUCUGUGAAGACUGGUACCACUCAAAGCAUCUAGGUUGUGCAGUUGUGGACUCUGAGGAGUUACUGGAGAUGGUGUGUGAGAGUUGUAUGAACAGAGCUCCCUUCCUUUGGACCUAUACUGCCUACUUUGCAGUUCCCCCAGUAACCAAAGUGAGUCUCAAUAAAGAGGAUGAGGAUGACCCCGUGGCAGGAAAUAAAGAAGAGAAGGAUGCAGGGUUGCCUUCAUGCAGUAAUGGCCAUGAUGAGCCCUCCACAAGUAAAGACUGUCAAAAGGAAGCAAAGCUCACUAGUAAUGGAAUUAUGGCUGUAAACCACAAGAGGAAGCAUGAGGAGAUGGAGAGGUGUCCUGCUAUGUGCCAGUCUGAAACUGCAUCAUGCAUACUGAAGGAUUUAAAGGCCAAAGGCUUGGUGAGGCCAAGGGUGGGGGCAGUGUUCUGGCCAUAUGAUUGGCGGUCCAAGCUUUGCACUUGCACAAACUGCAAGAGAUCAUAUGUGGAGGCUGGUGUUCAUUUCCUGAUGGAUGAGUCAGAUACCGUGCUCGCAUAUGAGAAUAAGGGUGAGACAUUGCUGGAGGAAGACCUGCUCAUGUCCUGCCUCAGUUCCCUGGAUCGUGUCCAGCAACUGGAGAUCAUUUACCAUGGAUGCUAAAUUGUACAAAGAGCAGAACUUUGGAGAUAACAGAGGACUGGUGGAGAGGAAUGGCAGGGACCUAGUGGUGAAGAUGCCAGAGGAUUCCUUUGGACGUUUAAUACUAAAAUGCCAAGCCUGGGUCUUCAUCUUUACUGUGUUUUGACAGGUUGGAAUUAAAGGAGGGACAGCCACCCAAAAAGCAGUUUUGUAGUAUCUUACAUUUUAACAAAUGGUAGUAUCUGGUUUUUUUGGAUGGGAUAGUGGUCUUAAAAUAUUUUUAUUUAUUUAUUUAUUUAUUUUUUAUAUAGCACCUAUCUCAAACCCAAGGUCACUUUACAUCAGCAUGAUGAGCAGUGAUUUUCUCUUAAAGUAUUUUUCUCUAACAGUUGUCAAGGUUGCUCAGUUUUGAAGAACUCGGGCAAAAUGUCCAGAGCUCAUAAGGGUAGCGUGUUGGUCUCUGUAAUAUCAGUAGCCAAAAGAUAAUCUCUCUAGAUCUUGAAGACAACUUGCAGAAUAUCCCUUUGGCAAGCUCGGACAGCACAGUGUCACCGUGGCAGCACAUUAUUUUUGGCUUUCUUACCAGCUCCACGUUUUAGUUCUGUAGGGAAAGCAAUAACGUGAAGAAAUGUAUUACCACCCACAUUUAAUUGAGCAGUAACAUAAUCACACAUUAAGGUAUAACAUGUAUAAGUACUGUGCUCAUCAGGCCUCAAGGUAAUGUUUAGUUUAAGAAAGGUCAUGCACUUUGAAUUAUUUUUCAUGGAAGUCUAGGGGAAGAUGAUUUUCUCCUACUCAAUAAAAGAACAUUUGAUAAUAUUGAAUUUGGACCAAGGGUUAAUAGUAAGCCAAGAUGCCCUGUUGGUUGAAA